AGCCUCACUGCCACUGUUUGUUUUUCUGCCAUACGCUCUCGGUGACACUGUUUGGGCAACACAGACAACUUCCUUUCCACCCCGCAUGUCAUCUGCUGCGCGGUUUGACUGAGCAUCUUGGAUAAAAAUGGCCAUACGAUACAUCAAACACAAGUACCUGUGGAUUUAUGUUUUGAAUUAUGAGAAACUGUAGAAAACAACAAUAAUGGAGAUCACACCUGUGGUGAAUUUGGAGGGACAUCAGUCUUGGACGUGUUCAGGAUUACAGAACAUUGCCUUGUCAACACAGAAGUUGACCUCAGAAAGCUGCGCUCUGUUGGCUAACGGCUCAGCAGACCACAGAGGGACUGAUUGUCUCCCUGAAGCCCGGAGCUCGCUGUUGGGGUCGGAUGAAGACAUACACAGGCUAGAGGAGAGUUUUAUUUGUGUCAGUCAUAACAACAUUGAAUGUGAUGACGCUUGGUGCUUACAGGAGUCUGAACAGUCAGUCAUUCUCAGUGAAGCACCCUUGGACCCUGGUCUACUGGCCUCAGCCCAGCUCCAUGAAGCAGGUAUUGUGUCCACACAACCUCGGACAAAUGACAACUGCUGUUCGCUUCCUGUUCCAGUUGCAGGAGACCAGGUGCUUCAGAAUCAUGCUGGUCAGACAGUAGAUUUGAACUCUGGAUGUGUAAAAACACACUUUGAGAGGUUAGAGCCAAUCUCAAAUGGCCAUGUCUUUGUUCCUCCAGGGGACCCGUGUCCCAUCCUCAAUCUGGACUCCUCCCUCACUGUCCCUUCAACUGUCAUUGAUUCAAACCUGAGAUUCCUGGAUCUCCCACGGAUUGUGAAGCACAAACCGAGCUCCAUCACUUUUACACACUACACCUGUCCCUCGGGGGCUGACGGCCAUGCUUUUGUCAAUGACAAUGGAGAGUCAUCACUGGAGGAGGAGGAGGAGGAGGAGGAUCACAAUGAUGGUGAUGGUGAUGAUGGUGACGACGACGAUGUGUUCUCAGAGUUGCCUCAGAAUAGAGAGUAUGUUGUCAAUCGCAGACAGAGGAGCAAAGACAAACAGAAGAGGAGAGCAGCUGUGAGCGACCGAGCAGAAAUCAACCAUACGGCCAGAAACUGUGGUCAUAAAGCAGCGGUGGAGACCAGGAGAGAGGAGGAGUCUCCGCAGGUCACUUCUCCCUGGUCCAAGUCAAUGAGCCAUCUGAUGAGGAAACUAGACCAGCUUAAUCUAGACAUAGAGGAGGCGCUGAGUGCAAACUCCUCCCCCUCCAACACGCCCUGCACCAUCCGCAAGAAACAGUGUGGUGCUGUUUCAAAGUCCACGUUGAACCAAGCCCUGAACCACCAAGUUCUCCAACGACCAGACCGAGGGGAAUGUCCGAGCCAGGACGGGUCCUCUGCUCCUCGCAGCGCCUCAAUGGGAACAAGAGCAACAGCCAAGAAGACGAUGUUUAAUAAGAUGACCAAUGCAGCAGGGGCAGAAAUUGAGGCGAAAGAGGCGUGCGACUGGCUGCGGGCAGCAGGAUUUCCCCAGUAUGCUCAGCUCUUUGAAGAUUCCCAGUUCCCCAUCGACAUAACUCCUGUCAAAAGAGACCAUGACUUUCUGGACAAAGAUCUUGUGGAACCUCUGUGCAGGCGACUCAACACCUUGAACAAGUGUGCCUCUAUGAAGCUUGACGUGAACCUUCCGAAGAAGAAAAGUGAAGACUCUGAUGAAGAAGACCUGUUUGCUAUCAGUGACAAAUGGACUUUUGAGUGGAGCAGCCGGCGUUGGUCCAGGUUGCAGGACAUUGACUGUCUGCUGGGAAACCCCAGAGAGGGUCAGCACUCCGGGGACGGCGUGCCUCUGAGAACCACCACCAGCAGCGAGAGUGUUCUGACGGACCUCUCGGAGCCAGAGAUCUCUUCUCUGCACAGUGAGAGCAGCGGGGGCAGCGGCCACAGGGGCCUCAGCACAGAGGACUCCGACUGCUCCAACCGCACAGGCUCCGAUUCUGCAGCAAUGCCAGACUCUACUUCUCUCACGAUGCCUCACAUCCACAAAGAAAUUGCUCACUACAGCUCACUACCUGAUAAUCACAGCAAGACAAGCCGCAUCCGUGCCAAAGACUUCCUGAAGCGCAUGGAGACACUGCGCUCCCGAGGAACUCUGGGAAGGGGUCGUAAAACGUUGGUCAUCAGCUCUCCAGUGCUUCAGCAGGAGGGCCAGACACUGAAGACACUGCAGUGUGUCGAGAUCAUGAAUGGAGAUGGAGGGGCUCCGGAAAUACCGUCCAACAAAGCCCAGUCCGGAAGUGAGGGGAGCAGCCAUUCCAGUGGCAGCGCUGUUAGCACCCCCAGCCUGAAAGAGCGUAAACCCCACCGGGCUGACUACAAGCGCAGCGGCAUGUAUUUAGAGGACAUGGACAUCUUCUCAGGCACCAAAGGGAAUGAAGUCGCAGAACAAAACCGCAGGAAUGAAUUCUGCUCAUAUGAAGACCUGGUGGUCCACAUUCCCAAAGACCACAAGCCAGGAACCUUCCCCAAAGCACUGUCCAUAGAGAGCCUGUCCCCAACCAAUGGGGCCUCUAUCAACUGGCACACAGGCAGCAUGCACUUGGACUCCCCACUGAUUUCAUGUAGGAAAGAAUCCAGGCCUGUGACCCAGUGCUGCUCUCGAGGCAGCCGCAUCAGUGUGUACGAUAACGUCCCUGGCUCGCAUCUGUAUGCCAGCACUGGAGACCUGAUAGACCUGGAGAAGGAGGACCUGUUCCCUCACCUGGAUGAUAUCUUGCUGCAUGUCAAUGGUCUACAGCAGAUUGUGGACCGCUGGUCGAAGAAUGUGUUGCCUGUUAGUGACGGGUUGGCGCAGGUGGACAGUGAAAGAGAACAUACAGGAGGCCUUCAGUCCUCGAGUCAGAUCACAUUGGACUUUGAGGGAAAUUCUGUCACGGAAAGCCAGACCACACCUAGUUAUGGGGACAGAGACAGAGUAUCACUUGCGGAGACAGAAUCCACAAUCCUCAGGGAAAGGAGGGACUCUGGAGUAGGCGCUUCACUCACAAGACCUAAUCGGUUACGAUGGCCCAGCUUUCAGAUAUCUAAUCGCCUUAGUCACUCAGUGGCAUCACUGCAGAUCACCAACCAGUCAGCGGGCCAGCUGAGCUUGUUGCAGAGGUUUUCUCUGCUGCGCCUUACUGCAACCAUGGAGAAGUACUCAAUGUCCAACAAGCAUGGCUGGACCUGGUCGGUGCCAAAGUUUAUGAAGAGAAUGAAGGUACCGGACUAUAAGGAUAAGAAUGUGUUCGGCGUGCCUCUGAUAGUGCAUGUGCAGCGUUCUGGACAGCCGUUGCCCCUCGGCCUGCAGCAGGCCCUGCGCUACCUGAGGAGCCAGUGUCUUGACCAGGUGGGUCUCUUUCGUAAAUCGGGGGUGAAGUCUCGAAUUCAAGCUCUCAGGCAGAUGAAUGAGAAUUCUCCAGACAAUGUGAAUUAUGAGGACCAGUCUGCCUAUGAUGUGGCUGACAUGGUGAAGCAGUUCUUCAGGGAUCUCCCUGAGCCUCUGCUCACCAGCAAGCUGGGGGAGACCUUCCUCCAUAUCUACCAAUAUGUGCCAAAGGACCAAAGGUUGCAAGCUGUCCAGGCAGCCAUAAUGCUGAUGUCAGAUGAAAACCGAGAGGUUCUGCAGACGUUGCUCUGUUUCCUCAGCGAUGUCACUUCCUCUGUGGAAGAAAACCAGAUGACACCCAUGAACAUUGCUGUGUGUCUGGCCCCCUCCCUCUUUCACCUCAACAUACUCAAGAAAGACAAUCUCUCACCAAGGGCCAUGCAGAAGAAGUAUGCCACCGGCAGACCAGACCAGAAGGAUCUGAAUGAAAACUUAGCAGCAACACAGGGCCUUGCUCAUAUGAUCAUAGAGUGCAACCGUCUCUUUGAGAUCCCUCAUGAGAUGGUUACUCAGUCGCGUAAUUCAUACGUGGAGGCUGACUUGCAUGCACCAACAAUUGAGGAGCUGUGCAAGCAUCUGGAGGACGGCGAUGGAACGUACCAAACUCACAUGGAGGGGAGACUUCAGAGCCAGCUCAAAGAGGCCCGGGAGAAGUCCAAAUACUGGGUGUCCUGCAGCAGCUCUGAUAACACAGAGCUCUCCUACAAGAAGGUGGGAGAUGGGAACCCUUUGAGACGCUGGCGAGUGUCCGUGGAGGUGGAAGCCCCACCGUCUGUAGUUUUGAACCGCGUGCUACGAGAGCGCCACCUGUGGGAUGUGGACCUGCUGCAGUGGAAAGUGUGUGAGACACUAGACAAGCAGACAGAGGUGUUUCAGUAUGUUCUCAAUCGCAUGCCCCCUCAUCCCAGCAGGGACUUUGUAGUACUCAGAUCAUGGAGGACCGACUUGCCCAAAGGCGCCUGCUCCCUGGUUUCUGUGUCAAUAGAGCAUGAUUGUCCUCCUGUUGGAGGGGUUCGAGCAAUAGUCCUGGAGUCCAAUUACCUGCUGGAGCCCUGUGGCUCAGGAAAGUCCAGACUAACUCAUAUCUGCAGAGUGGACUUGAAGGGAAGGACUCCAGACUGGUACAACAAAGCCUUUGGUCACCUUUGUGCUGCAGAAGCUGCCCGGAUACGCAACUCCUUUCAGCCACUAAUCACAGACGGCCCAGAGACCAAAAUCUGAAAUAGUUUGCCAAUUGUGUCUGUUCAGCCUUGAGAUCAAGAUUGAGCCUUUGAGUCAUUGCUAACAGGCAGACAUAAAGCAUAGACAGGUCCCAGGAACUAAAGCACAGUUUAAAACGUGUUGUUCUUUUCCUAGAAUAGAAAUGUUCUGAAAAAGAUGCUGAGCUCCUCUACUUGCACAAUGACAAAAGAGGACGUCUUAUUGGUGCUGAGCAUAUUUACUCAGCGGGAAAUUAAUCAUCCUGCCUAUGUCCUUAGCCGUUGUAUUCUAUUUACCAUGAUGUUGCUAAACCUGAUAAUAAUAAUUAUCUUUAAUAAUAUUGUAUUACUGUUACUUUAAUCUACAAUGUCUAGGACAUUCAAGUUCUUAAACGCUUCUGGGAAGCAUGUAUAUGUUAUUAAUUUCAGAUUUAAAGCUAUAAUUAUUAUUUUGUAGACUGUAUAUAUGUGUGUGUGAAUAUACUGUACAUCCAAACAAUAUGUUUAUAUUGUAUAUAUGUGAAGGGAUAAAGAGUACAUAUGUUAAUAUCAUAUAUAUUGAUUAUUUCACUUUGUCAACUCUUCUGUAGUACACAUGAUACAAAAUUGUAAGCUGGUUUUACUUUUCUCCAGUAUUGCCAUCUUGGAAUGGGUGUAAUUUUAUUCAACUUUGACCUCCUAUGGCUGUGAAAAGAAUGACUUAUGGUUUGACUUGAUCAUACCUGCUUAAGGGUACUGGAUUGUGCAGUCAAGUG